GAGGACCUUCUCCCGGUCUCCUCCUCCUCACACGGAGCUCUGAGGACCUUCUCCCGGUCUCCUCGUCCUCCUCACACAGAGCUCUGAGGACCUUCUCUGGGUCUCCUCCUCAUCUCACGGAGCUCUGAGGACCUUCUCUCGAUCUCCCCCUGAUCUCACGGAGCUCAGUCUGAGGACCUACUCUCGUCUCCAUCUUAUCUCACGGAGCUCUGUCUGAGGACGUUCUCUCGGUCUCCUCAUCACCGUCCCGCUCUCUCCCGACUGAACACGGACCGCCUUCCUAUUGGUGGACGGAGGUGGCGCUCCCUGCCAAUCAGGGUUCUGCAUGACGACUGAGGUCAAGUCUGUGUGACCGGAGAAUACCGUCAUUCUACCGGACUACACCGUCACUUCACCGGAGUACACCGUCACUUCCCCGGGUACAGCGUCACUGUACCAGAGUACACCGUCACUUCACUACAAGACCACAAGACUACAUGAGCGGAGAUCAGGUCGUCGGAGCGCCAGGAGUCCCCCUGCAGUACUCCUUCAGUACCCCUAGGGGGACGCAGAGCUCCAUCUGAGGACCCCGCUGUAGAGCAGCAUGGAGGAGACCGAUCGGCUGAGGGAGAGACUUCAAAAACUCACUGAUCAGCGCGGUGUUCAGGACGACCUCAGGGUGAAGAAACAGGAGCUGGAACAAGAGAGGCUGAAAUUACAAUACCUAAAGAAGACCUCUCUGAGGGAGCAGUGGUUGUUGGAGGACCUGUCUUCCCACAAUGCAUUGCAGCAGCAGAAAGUAGCAAGCGACCAGCAAAGGACCAGAACUCUACAGAAAACCAUAUACAGGAUAGAGAAGGAAGUGGAGUUCCUGGAGAGGGAGGAGUCUCGGAUCUCCACCAAUGAGAGCUUGAUCCUGAAGACUCUGAGUUCUGCAGAGAGAUGUCCUCAUGACUGCUUUAAGGAGGCUCAAGAAAACUUUGUACCAGGUCUGCUGGCCCUGGAGGUCAAGGUGUGUAGCAACCGGUGGACUGGAGAGAGUCAGGUCGUCUCCACCGCGACGGUGACCCCCCACGACCCACACCAGCAAAGGGGGGUCAAAGUUCACAAGGACGGCAGGAAGUGUGUUUCUGCCCCGCGGCCUCAGCAGGUCGCCACACGUGUGUCAACGUGGUCAGAUGACCUUUGCUGCAGGGAGGUGGAUCAGUCGCUAAGGGCGGCCCUUGGCAACAAUCAGGAGGAAUAUCGCCAUAGAAACCAGCCAGAGGGAUGUUGUCAAGGGAAUCAGCAACCCAUCACCAACCAUGUGGGGGAAGAUCAUCGGCAUGGCAACUACCUACAGAUGGAUCCACCGGAAGGGCAAGGCCAGAUGCAUCUCCAUGGUAACCAGGACACUUAUUCUCAUCAUGGUCCUAGACUUGGCCAUGCCAACAGGCCUGAUGCUCCCUCUGGUUACCGGGAUUGUAACGGUAGCCACAGUAACCCAGCACGCACUAAGCCAGCCGUCAGGACCAAUGGAAGCCCUGCUCCACGGUCACAUGACCAGGAAGCAGCGUCUCCCUGGCGACCGGAGCUCUGCUAUACCCCAGCCAAUCACAUCCCUCUGAGUGAUUAUGUCAGUGUUGAGGAGGAGGAGCUGUUCCUCUACAGCCUGCCCUCCUCCCACUCAGACAGCCAAUCAGAGGCUAGCCCCAACGGAGACAGACAAUUCCCUGCUUUCUUCUAUGGCCCCGCCGAGUCUAAGAGAGCCCCAUCGCCGUUGUAUGAGGCCGACACCCCUUUCACCAUCCUUAGUGCCAUGGAAACCUCUGAGCCAAUCACAGCCGUCUUCCUGGGCUUCCAGACCACUCAGGAUGAGAGGGGGUGUGGCCAGGAGUAUGAGGGGUCCCUGAAGGCUGAGCUCGUCGUUAUCGAUGAUGCUAAUAGUGCUUAUGGUGCUAAUGUUGCUAAUGAUGCUAAUGGUGCUAAUGAUGCUAGUGGGGCUAAUGGUGCUAAGGGUGCUAGUGGCGUGGUGGGGGAGAAGGUCGGUUACCCAGCUGGCAUUGCGGCCAAUCACGUGCUAGGACAGGAAGACAAAGGACGGACUGCAGGGAGCAGCAAGGUCCGCAAACAAAACAAAGCCUGUUGCACCAUCUGCUAACCAGUUAACUACCAUGUUAACUAAGCAGGCCUGUUGUACCGCCUUCUAACCAGUUAACUAACGUUCUAACUAACCCGGCCUCCUAUACCUUCUGCUAACCAGUUAACUAACGUACUAACUAACCCGGCCUCUUAUACCUUCCAUUAACCAGUUAACUAAUGUGUUUACUAACGUAUUAACUAACCAGGCCUGUUAUACCUUCUGCUAACCAGUUAACUAAGAUGUUAACUAACCAGGCCUGUUGUACCGUCUUCUAACCAGUUAACUAACGUAUUAACUAACCAGGCCUGUUAUACCUUCUGCUAACCAGUUAACUAACAUGUUAACUAACCCGGCCUGUUGUACUGUCUGCUAACCAGUUAAAUAACGUGUUAACUAACCAUGCCUGUUGUACCAUCUGCAAACCAGUUAAAUAACGUGUUAACUAACCAGGCCUUUUGUACCGUCUGCUAACCAGACUGACCAGUUAUCUAGGGUGUUAACUAACCAGGCCUGUCUGCUGACACAUAGUUCACAUCGUACUUCUAGUACAACUAGUACACAUAGUACUUCUUGUACAAAUAGUACUUCUAUUAAAACUAGCACACAUUGUACACAUGGUUCCUCUAGUACAACUAGUAUAAAUAGUACUUAUUGUACUAGUAUAAAUGUAUAUAGUACUUCCAGUGCACAUAGUACUUCUAGUACCUCUAGUACACAUAGUAUUUUUAGUACAACUAUUACACAUAGUACUUCUAGUCCACAUAGUACUUCCAGUAUAAUAGUACUUCUAGUACACACAUAUUUAUAUUGUUAUAUGUAUACUCCCCAUAUUUAAUAUGUAUCUCAUGCAUGAAUAUAAUGUAUACAUCGUUUUGUAUUUAGUUUUUAGCAUUUUGUAUUUUGAAUAUUACCUUGUAUUUAUAUGUAGCUAUAUGUAUUUUAUAUUGUUAUCCAUGUUUGUUAUUUAUAUUUUAUAAUUUUUAUAGCGUUUUUAUAUGUUGGACUCAAAAUAUGUUACCGUGUGUGUAUAGUUUUUAUGGUUUCUUUACUGUAAUAAACUGAUAAUGAUAACAAA